AUGAUGAAAUCUUUCGCUAUCAGCCUGUUUCUGGCUGCGAUCAACUUGCAAGCAGCUAUCGGAUGGGCAGAUAGGGGCAAGCAGGUUAUUUCUGGCUACUAUCCGUCUUAUAAUGCACACAUCCAACCGCCGUCGAAAAUACCAUGGAGCCAUUACACCCACAUCGAUUACUUCGUGGCCCCGGUACAGGACGACCCAGGAAAUCCACUGAAGAUCGAAAACGAAACAAAUUUAAUCGAAACAGUCAAGUUGGCCAAGGCUCACAACGUCUCAAUUUCUUUAUGCGUCGGCGGCUGGACAGGUAGUAAAUUCUUCAGCAACCUGGUAAAAACAGAUGGGUCGCGCCAGAAGUUCACGACUUCCCUUGUCCAAAUCAUCAAGAAAUACAACUUCGAUGGAGUGGACUUGGAUUGGGAAUAUCCCGGUGUGCCCGGAGAAGAAGGCAACAUAAUUUCCCCUCUAGAUACCGAAAAUUUUCUCAAGUUUUUGAAACUCCUGAGGAAGAAAUUUGGGCGUAACUAUCGGAUAUCGGCCGCAGUAUCAGUCAAGGGGUUCAUGGGCGCAGAUGGCAAGUAUCUCAAGGACACAAAAGCCUUCGCCAAAGUCCUGGACUACAUUACUAUCAUGGCCUACGACAUCUACGUUGCCGGGGCUGGACGGAGUCUUUCAGGACCGAAUGCGCCUCUUUUCCACACAUGCUCAGACCCGCAAUCAAAAUUUUCGGUGUCGGGGGCAAUCAAGACUUGGAUCAAGAGCGGCUUCCACUCACGGAAGAUUUUACUCGGACUUCCCGCUUACGGCUAUGCAUACACUCUGUUAUCCUCUGAGCUUAAGCCAACCAAGUUCUCAGGAUUGAAGCAGAAAGAGAGUUUGUUGUUUCAAAAUACAACCGCAAAACCUCCACAAGGAGGUAAGAUUUCGGCAACCCCUGGUCAUUGGUUGUACCAUGAACUCUAUCUGGAUGAAAAGCUCGCCAAAGAUGGAAGAAGAGGUACCUCAGGUUACAAGCGACAUUUUGAUGAGUGUACUCGCACCCCUUUCCUGUUUAACAAGGAGAACAAAAAUCUGAUUGUUUACGAUGAUAGAAGGUCGAUUUUCGAAAAGGCUCUGUUUGCCAAAUCAAAAGACCUGGGCGGAAUCAACAUCUUUGACACCACCGGUGACACUCCUGACAGAAAACUCGUCGAAACGAUCCGUGUUCUCUAUUCAAAGAAAGAAGCCGAUAAAAAACCAAGCGAAUCUGAAGGAGUUAAGAAAAACAGCUUCUCACUCAAGAAAACUUGUGGCAAAUCAUUUAAAUUAAAACAAUCUUCAAAGUAUUCAAAAGCAUGA